CGUCUGGUGGUCCUCCAUGGUGUCGAAUCAGCUGGGUUAGAGCUUCUCUUGACGUGGAGGGCUGUUUCCCUGUACCAGCUGAGUGUGGGACCCGUGGCGCCUAAGGAAGGGAGGAGGGACCAGCUGGCGGCAACAAGUGGUGGACUUAGGUGGUGUCCUCUGAACAACUACAACAACUCAGUGCAGGAGUUUCAGAAUGUCUGAGAAAAUGGAGGUGGUCUCUGGAGACUCCUGCUCUCCAGAGGUUCAAGAGGUGACGGAGAAGAUUAACAACACUACUGUGGAGUCUCUGGUUCCAAGAGUCAAGUGUCCUGAGCACAUAAUUUUAGUGGUGGAUGUGUGCCGAGAGGAAGGCAACUCGACCUACAGACUGGCUGAUGGGUCCAAGUUUUCUGCCCUGUAUAUGGUGAAGCGAGCACUAACCCUCUUUGUUCAAAACAAACAUUCCAUUGAUUCAAGACACAAGUUUGCUCUGGUGAUCCUCCAAGACAUACCAAUAUGGAUCCAAGACUUCACCAGUGAUCCUCAAAAAAUAAUCUCUUACAUUGAGGAGAUGGAAGAGGCGCCAGCACCCUCCCAUUGUGACCUAAGUUCAGUGUUUGAACUUAUUGCCCUCCAGAUCACCCUUCCCAAGUGCUCCAGCACAUCCACAGUGCCUCCAUAUAUUUACAGAACAAUAUUGAUCUAUGGAAGGUCACAUUGUCUGCCACAGUUUCUACAAGGGAAGGAGCUCUUCAACUACCUCACCCAGAGCCCUCACUUCGUCCUUGAUGUUUUGUACACUCAUGAGCCGCCCACAGAUGACAAUAAGUGUGAGGGCAUCUUUGACCUGCUGUGUGGUCUGGAUGAAGGCGGCUUAAGCUACGUGUUGGAGGUGUCCCGCAAUGCUACAAAACUCCAUAACUACUUUGGUACACUAUUGGCACAUCCCUUCCAACGCCCCAUUCAGAAGUACCUCCACUACACUCUGACUCCGAAGGACUGACAGUUGAACAAAGAAUCUCAAUCCCAAAACAUAUCAAGUUGUGAUACCUCGGAUACCAAAGAUGGUCAGGAUCUAGAACAGCCAUGAAACAAGUGUCAGUGUUGGGCCUCCCUCAUAUCCCCUAACAGUGCCAGUGAUGUCCAAGAAGACAACCUGCAAACUGAGACUUGCACCAAGAGGUGGGAACUGUCUAAUCCACUUAACCAAGCACACCAUCCCUCACCUCCAACACACUCAUGGAAAAGGAGAACCACCACAAUCAAAGAGCAAGAAUAGUUUCUGGCCAGUUAACAUGUCAACAGAUACUUGGAAGUACUUUAAGGUGUCAACUUUUCCUGCUCUUAUGCUUGACAUGUAACUACCACUCACCCGAAAGCUAAAAGUUAUAGGUAUAGUUUAUGGAAAGAGAAACCAUUGUUGAUAGAUUAAUAAUUGACCUCAGUUCAUGAACAACUUUUGUUGUUUCAAAAUAUCAUGACCUUUGACAUACAAAGUCUUGGCUCUAAUUCAAGACUCACACUACAGUUUUCUUUUCAAAUGAUAAUAUAUAAGAACAUAAAUGAAGAUAUGUAGCUCUGUACACUAUCAGACCUCAUCAUGCAAGGGCUAGUACUCCUGUUACUCCUAUCAAGGUCUACAUAAUACAAGGUCUACUCACUUGGUGGUGACGGGCUGAACAGUGACAGCACGCAUCUCUCGCCGACUCAGUCCUCUUCUACAUAUCGUGCACUCUCACCUGAGAUUUUGAAAUAACCACAGGAUGCUUAGAAAAGCUGACCCUAACAUAAUCUUCAUGACACAUUUCUGCUUGCUUUAAGACAAAAAACACACAAAAAAAUUGUGAUUUAGAAAUACACAAAAAGGGAAUGGUAUUUCUUGCUUUUUUGUCUUCAUCUUGCUGCAAUUCCUCGAGUAUAGCUCCCAAUGAAGUUUUUUUCUUCGAUCCAAAAUAUGCAAACUUUCCUGGUUCCUGGUAUAAGACUCUUAGCAAUUCAGAAAUAUCUAGAUGGUGAAAACUGCCAAUAAUAUGAAACCUGUGUCAAGGUAGCCCGGCGAAGAGUACACGAUAUGUGGAAAAGGAUUCCGAGUCGGUGAGGGAUGCCUGAUGUCACAGCUCAGACCUCCACUGCCAAGUGAAUGGACCUUGUAUUCUACAAACCUUGACUCCUUAUAUGCAGUAACAAAGGCAUCAUCUAUGUACACUGCAUUGCAUUACUUGAAAGCUCAAAUUUGUUAAAAGAAAAGUGUGGAUAUGUAUAUUAUGCUAUAGCCCAUGACUUCAUGGAUUGAAUAUAUUCAACUUCCCAAAUCCAUUAUAGCUUUUGAGUAAUUGUUAGUCUUCCCUCAUAAACUUCAGAUAUUGCAACCACAGAUGCACAUUUUAAUUUACAUAAUUUACAAGGUUUCAUACAAAAUAUUGCACAUUAUCUAAAAGAAAUAUUCUGCCAAAAAUAUAUCAAUUAAAGCUCAGUCCCAAAAAUAUACAAUAUACAUUUAUUGCUGUAAAAAAAGUCUUGCAAUAGAACAACUAAGUUCAAUGCAACAGUGCAGUCACUAUUAAUGUAUCAAAGAAAGGAAACAAACUCUGAUGAAAAUGUACUCUUACUGACAUGCUCUCGACUCUCAAUGUGUCCCUCUUCAUACCUGGAGGAGGAUCCCGCACCACAAGGGUACCACAGGUCACUACACUUGACUAGCCCGAUAAAUGGGUGCGAUGAGACAACUACGGUGUGGGUGCUUCUAUAGUUACAAUGAUGACGGGCACGUAUUUACAAUGACAUGAUCGUUUGUGAUGUUUAAGUUCCUUGUUUCCCUGCCUGGUUUAGGGCAUUGGAUAGUGGUAAAGAGUUUUCGUACUGAAAUAAAUGUCCAACAAAUCUAACGUCUAAAGUAACUGUCUAUCCCGUAACUCCCUAGUGGUAUGUUGCCUUACACUCUUAUAUGCUAGCAAUACUGAGGUCCACAGGUUUUCAGGAGUUACUAACAGUUACUAAGCAUGACCAUAAAGGAGAUAAUGUGUUUUCACCCUGCAAUGGCCAUAUAAGAAACAGAGAAUUGCAUGACUAUUUUGAUUACAAUCACCUUACUAUCAUCAGUUUAUGAAAUUAAUUUGUGAGUAACUAAGACAGCCACGAUCCUCAAUACUCUAAUGUGCUGUGUCACCUUCCCUUAUAAGAGUUAAGUGCCCUCAGUAAAAAAGCAUCCCCACCCUGAAGUCUGAUGGACUACAAAACCUUCUGUAAAACUGAGCCAGUGUGGUUCAUGUGGGUAGAUUAAACAUAUAUUUGAAAGUG